AUGUCGAUUACUACACUUCGCAUCACCGAUGGAAUCUGUCCCAUUUUCUCCUCAGGUUCGAAAAGAGCUCACAAUCUCGAUUCUUCCUUCUGGAAAUCAACCCAACGAUUUACCUUCCUCGCGUAUGAAUCGGCGAAUCUCGUCGGUUAUCGGGAAGGAAGGAAAGUGACGGCGACGGUGAAUCCGUAUUCGUACACGGAGGUAGCACGGCCUGAGGAGCGGAAGAGUUUGACGGAUUUUUUUGUGGAAGUUAGGGAUUUCUUCAGAUCAGACGGCGGAGAUGGUGGUCCGCCACGGUGGUUCUCUCCAUUGGAAUGUGGCGCACGAGCUCCAGGAUCUCCUCUUCUUCUCUACGUACCUGGAAUCGAUGGUACUGGAUUAGGGCUCAUUCGCCAGCAUAAGAGACUUGGAGAGAUAUUCGACAUAUGGUGCCUUCACUUUCCAGUCACUGAUCGUACUCCUGCUCGAGAGAUUGUAAAGCUCAUUGAGAGGACAGUUAGGUCAGAGUACUACCGUUUCCCAAAACGACCCGUUUAUAUAGUUGGAGAAUCUAUUGGAGCUUCUCUUGCUCUAGAUGUUGCAGCUAGUAACCCUGACAUUGAUAUUGUCUUAAUUUUGGCUAAUCCAGUUACGCGUGUCAACAACCUCAUGUUGCAACCUUUAUCGAGUCUACUGGAAAUAUUGCCUGACGAUGUUCCCAGCUUGAUAGAAGAGAAUUUUGGGUUUAAACAAGGUUAUCCGUUUGCAGCAAUGUUCGAGACUUUGCUGAAGGAUAUUGAUGCCGCGCAGAUGGGUGGAGGGCUCUUAGGAGACUUCUUUGCAACGUCCGCUAAUUUGCCUACUCUGAGUAGGAUCUUUCCCAAGGACACACUUUUAUGGAAGCUUCAACUGCUUAAGUCUGCUUCAGCAUCUGCUCAUUCUCACAUGUAUACAGUCAAAGCCCAAACACUGAUACUUCUGAGUGGACGCGGUCAAUGGUUACUGAACAAGGAAGACACUGAAAGACUCCAUUGUGUAUUGCCGAAAUGUGAAAUCCGUAACUUUGAGAAUAAUGGACAGUUCCUCUUCUUGGAGGAUGGGGUAGAUCUGGCGACUAUCAUGAAGAUUGCUUAUUACUAUCGCCGUGGAAAGACGCUUGAUUACGUUUCAGAUUACAUUCGUCCUACUCCGUAUGAGCUCAAAGAGUUUGAGGAAUCACAAAGAUUGCUAACCGCUGCUAUUUCUCCAGUGUUUCUCUCAACUCUAAACAAUGGUACAGUAGUAAGAUCACUUGCAGGAAUACCUUCAGAGGGACCGGUUCUCUAUGUUGGCAAUCACAUGUUGCUCGGUAUCGAAUUGCGUCCAGCAGCGAUUCAUUUCUUGAAAGAAAGGAACAUUCUGUUGCGUGGACUGGCACAUCCAGUGAUGUUUACCAAAAAAGUUGGCUCAAAACUUCCCGAUAUGCAGAUGUUCGACUCGGUUAGGAUAAUCGGCGCAGUUCCUGUCUCAAAUGUCAAUUUCUACAAACUACUUCGUUCAAAAUCUCACGUGGUCUUGUAUCCUGGAGGUGUCCGUGAAGCUUUGCACAGAAAGGGUGAAGAAUACAAGCUGUUUUGGCCAGAACAUUCAGAGUUUGUAAGAAUCGCAUCUAAAUUCGGAGCAAAAAUCAUUCCUUUUGGCGUUGUCGGAGAAGAUGAUCUCUGUGAAAUGGUUUUGGAUUACAAUGAUCAAAUGAAGAUCCCAUUCUUGAAGGAUCUCAUAGAAGAGAUAACACAGGACACUAUUAAGUUGAGGAACGGCGAAGAAGGCGAAGUAGGAAACCAAGAUUUGCAUAUGCCAGGAAUAGUUCCAAAGAUACCGGGACGGUUUUACGUAUACUUUGGGAAACCAAUAGAAACUAAAGGUAAAGAGAAAGAGCUGAAUGAUAAAGAGAAUUCUCAUGAGGUUUACUUGGAGGUUGCUCUAUCACAUUUCACAUGGUUUCUCUUCUCAAGUCCCAACAUUUGA